ACGCAUAGAUAGUUCACAAAGAGGUUAUGCGCAGCAGUCCAAAAUCGAGCUAAAAGCAAAUUUACUUCCUAAUUAGGCAUCAUUGAGCACGAGAAUACAGAAGUUUUCACUAAUACUGAUUGUGGCUCGCAUUAUUUUGGUUAAACCAUCUCCAAAAGAUCUCUCUGCAUACGCUUUUAUUCGUUAAAUUGUAGAUUAUGACUCAUGAGUGCUCUGAUUGUGUUUUAUUCAUGUCAACGAGUAAUUAAGUACUUGCUAUCAUUCCCUGAUGCAAAGCUUGGUCGAUUUGGAUAGCAAAUCAUUCUCACAUUCUGCUUUUUUUUCUUUUUUCCUGAGGUGGGAAAAUUUUCAAUUCUUUUCCAUAAAAUUUCCAAUUCUUUUCCGUCACCGCACGCAGUUUUCUUUCCUCCGUUGAGAAGCCUAGUCGGCACUGGACACUGUUGUCGCCAACCAACAGUGAACAAAAUUAUAGCAUUCCCCACCACCUUCCAUAAAAAGCUUGAAGGGCCUAGCUUUCACACAUACAAUCCAAACACCUCCUUUUGCUUUUUUGGUUUUCCUCAAUUUGUGUUUCAUGGAAUCUGCAAAGCAAAGUUCAUUCUGAAAAAGGGUAAAGGCCUGUGCAAGUCUAUGUGAGCUAGUGAGCCUAAUUUGCCUUGACAAUGGCAGAAACAAUGGCAUACUCUGCAACCCAGCCCAUUCCAGGGACGCCCGAAGUCUCUGAGACAACGAAGAAGAUCAAUUCGAGGGUGGAAAUCGACACGUCGCCACCGUUUGCAUCGGUGAAGGAAGCCGUCACUCACUUUGAGGGCCGGGCCUUCUGGAUACCCAUUCACAUGCUCCAACAGCCCAGGAAUGCAUAUGCAGUUUUUGACAUAAGUAAGGUGGAGGAACAAGCAGCAGAGUUAGAGAAGGAUCUUACUGUGAAAGAACAGGAAACCCUCAAUGUCCUGAAAGAGCUGGAAACAGCGAAGAGAAUUGUGGAAGAGCUGAAGCUGAAGUUACAGAAAGAAGUGUCGGCAUGCAUCUCAACCCCUGACUCAAUGUCUAAUGACAAUAUCUCAAUGCCUUCUGUUGCCCAAAUGAAUCUGAAAAGUCCUGAAAAUGUUCCCAAUUCUCCCCAGGGAUUAAUCUUAAUGGAGCUAAAGCAAGCAAAACAGAACCUAAGUAAAACUACAAAUGAUCUUGCAAGCAUCAGGGCUUCUGUUGAAUCUCUAAACACUAAGAUGAUCAAAGAGAAAAUCUCACUAGAAAGCAAUCACGGGAGGCUCACUUCCUCUCUUGAGGAGGGACUGAAUCAAAGAAGACUGAAAUUUGAAAUGGCAAAUGCUGCGGAAAAACAAGGCGGUUCUAACAAUCUUAAUGGCAUUGCAGGGGAGCUUCAGCAGCUGAAUUUUGCAGCAGAGCAGUUCAUAAAAAUGGCAGAAGCAGCAAAAUGUGAAGUCCUAAGGGCAAUGUCUGAGGUUGAGCACACAAAAACAAGCAUGAAGACGGCUGAAAUGAGGUGGGUUGCAGCCAAAAAGAUGGAGGAAGCAGCCAGAGCAGUUGAAGCAGUUGCUCUGGCAGAGAUGAAGUGCCUGUCAAAUUACAGUGAGGGUUCUUGUUCAUCAGGAAUGUCCGAUCAUCAAAACCCAGAUGAUGGAAUAACCCUCUCUUUAGAAGAGUACUCUUCCCUAACCCGAAAAGCCCGAAAGGCGGAGGAGCUCAUGUUGAAGAGGAAGGCAGUGGACACCAUGCUCCAAAACAUUAAUGAUGAAGCAAAUACUUCCAAAUUGGCCAUGUUAAAGAAUCUGGGGAAAGCAACACAGGAUGUUGAGUUCAGUAAAAUGGCCUUGGAGGAGGCUCUUAACAGAGUAGAAGUUGCAAAUGCAGCAAAACUUCACGCCAAAGAGACCCACCAGAGAGCACGACUCGUGCCAAAUUCUACCAGGUUCAACGGAGAUUCUCACCUCUUGUUCGAUGGGAACAGAUCAAACCUGUUGGAUUAUGAGUCCAAGCCUGUUCUGAGGCCAUCAAUAUCCGUGAGGGACAUAUUGGGUCGAAAGCAAAUGCUUUCAUCAGAUGAAUUUCUGAUGAGAAAACAAAGGGAAGAUUCAACUGAUCAUCAAAGACAAAAGGUGUCUUUGAGCCAAAUGCUUCAUCUGCAAAGGAGUGUUCUGUCCGCUCCUAAUGUAGAAGACCAACAGAAUCAUGGGAUUGGUGAUCAGAAGCAAUUCCUCGCACAGAGAAAGAAGUUUGGGUUCAUCCAUAUAUCACUCCCCUUGACCAAACAGAGUAAGAAAAAAAUGCAGGCUUCAAACCAUAGGCGAUGAUGCUGUGGAAGCAGUUCUUUACAGUCCCUAUAUAAACUUUAAUUUAAGACUCUUUUUGGUCCUGAAUUAUGUAUGCUAGAGCUUGUGUGCUUCAUGGGUUUGAGAUAUUUUUCAAAUAUGAUUUUUAUUUUUAAGUAUUUGGGAUUGGAUAAAAAGGAUUUGUUGAGUUGGGUUGAGCUGGGUUUUUUUUUUUUUCAAUUAAAAAAUGGGGGAUAGAAAAAGAGAUAUUUAGUUGGGUUGAGUUGGGUUUGGGCAUAAAAUGCCGAGUCUUCACCUAAAGCUGUGCUGUGAAAUGUGGUUUAUAGAUAACAAGAUGAUGGGUUUGGCUUGUGGGUGUGUGUAGUAAUAAUGAAUCUUGGGUAUAUUAAUGUUUAAGAUAGACUGAUUUGAGAUGCAA